AAAUAAGGCGUGAUCUUCCGCGUUAGUCAGCCUAACCCUAACCCACGGACACGGCAGAGAAGUGCGUGCGUGCGGAACCUCCAGAACACACUGAAGGGCAAAGAAAGGAAGAAGAAACCGGAUCGGAAAAAACAGGACAUGUGUGUUUCCGAGCUGGCAUCCUCUGCUUAGGCCAGUUGAGCUGAACACCUCUGGAGGACGCAUCUGAAGGUGAGAUGAGGGACAGGCUGUGUGAAAUGCAGACCUUUACCUCCAGGUCUGCAGAGGAAGAGCGCAGAUCUGAGGAGGGCCACACUGAUCCAGAUGAGGACCGUAUGGAGCAUCACGCCAUCGUGUUUGAAGGAGAGGAUGAGGUGGAUCGGAUCUACAAAGAAGCCCACGCAAUGAGGAAAGACAUGGACAUGCUCAAAAUAGACGUGAAACGACUUGGGAAACAAAACACCAGGUUCCUCACAUCCGUCAGGAGGAUCAGCAGCAUCAAACGUGACUCCAACGCACUUGGACGUGACAUCAAAGCCAGAGCUGAGGCCAUCUACGCACGUCUGGAAAAGCUGGGGAGGCGGAGUAAGGAGCUGGAGGAACAGCACGGAACCACCUCAGCUGUGGCUCGAAUAGUACGUUCUCAGUAUCUGUCCCUGACCUCUGCUUUCCAUGACGCCAUGUCUGAUUACAACGAGGCUGAGAUGGUCCAGAGGGAGAACUGCAAGACCCGCAUCCAGAGGCAAGCGGAGAUCAUGGGCAAGGAGGUGAGCAGGGAGCAGAUCGACGAGAUGAUCGAGACGGGGAAGUGGAACGUCUUCUCCGAUAACCUCCUGCUGGAGGGGAGGACUGCCAGAUCUGCCCUCACCGAGAUUGAGAAUCGGCACAAGGAGCUGCUGGAACUAGAGAGCCGCAUCCGGGACAUUCAUGAACUGUUCUUCCAGCUGAACCUCCUGGUGGAGCAACAGGGCAGCAUGGUGGACAAUAUAGAAACAAAUGUACAUGCGACUAAGGACUAUGUUGCCAAAGCCACAAUUGAAAUUAAGAAGGCCGUGAAAUAUAAGAAAAAUAAUCCGUGCAAAAAACUCUUCUGUUGCUGCUUCCCCUGCUGCAAAUGAAUCUGCAGAAGACCUGCCUGCUAUCUAUGAUUUUACUUCAGUUUGAUGCAUUUAUUCAUUUUAUUCACACAAUGAAAUACUGGCAUCAUUUUUCAGCAGCAGCAGCAUAAAUUCAGGUUCAUCUUUCACUUCAAUACAUUCACCAAGCUGCUCUAAAAAAAGCCUUCAGAGCGCUCUUGUGUAUGCAAAUGUGUAUAGUAUGAGAAGAGUGCAACAUUUCCUGAUGGUUAGUGAGAACAAGCGUUUGCAUAACUGCUGUAAAUGGAUCUAAGCUGUAAUUAGCAUUCAAUGUUUGGUUCAGUAUUUUAAUGAUGUACAAUGUGAUUUACUUCAAAAUAAAGGCUAUAGCGUAGCUUUAAUUCACUGAUAAAGAGGCUGGUGUUGACUGUAGGUGUUGUGUCUAAGCUGAAAACUAGAACUUGAACUAAGCCUGUGACUUUGAAGCAUUGCUAAACAAGUGUUUAGAAAUAGAGCGAACACCAGCUGCAGCCUUAGAUUGUGGUUAGCUGGGGAGGCGAGAUAGAUUUGUGGGGAUUGUGCAACUAAAGUGUGUGCUACCCUCUGUGUAGUUAUCACCAGGUACAGUCAUGUCCUGCAGACGCUUUCUCAACGUGUUACUUCACAACUCAAAUGCUGUGAAGUAACACACUUCUAAACCCUAUAGGCUGUCAGAGGCAGCGUCUUACAUUGUGGUUGUCUGCAGUAAUAAUGGCCACAGGACACAAAGUGUAGCAGAGGCGCUGCAAGAAAGGGAUGUUAUCCAAGUAAAAAAGCCUCGUUUAUGAGAAACGAAUCUGGUUUUCUCGACAAAUAUAAAAUUAUUUUGUCAAGCCAGUUUUACAGAAAGAAGAACUAGAUAGAUAGAUAGAUAGAUAGAUAGAUAGAUAGAUAGAUAGAUAGAUAGAUAGAUAGAUAGAUAGAUAGAUAGAUAAAAUAAACUUAACAUGGUCUUAAUAAGAUAUUAUAACUAAUAUUUAGCUCUAACCGGUAACUGAAAUUGCAGUAGGCAGAACUAACUUAAACCUUGGCAUUUUUGCCGUUUUUAAAGUUCAUUGUUUGAUUGAUUGAUUGAUGUAUUUAUUUCGAAUAUGAAUGUCAAAACAGAAGAAAAUAAAUAAAAUACUUAAAAAUCAGACAUAUAAUACAUAUUCGAAAAGGAGUGAGAAGA